CAUUUGUUCAGGGAAUAUUGGAUUUGAUUCAUUAGAAGAAUACGAAGAAGCUGCAAUAAUUAUGCAGGUGGAAUAUUUCAAUUGUCUAGUUUAACAAACAAGUAAAUGCCUCAUCAAAUUAUAUCAUGCCGAAACGGCUUGCUACUUUUAGAUUCGCCCCUUGUCUUUGUGCUAUUGUCAUAAAGUAAAGAAGCAGAGAAGUAUUGCUGGGUUGGACAGAAACAGAGACAGUCAUACAUAAACGUUGACAAUUUUCAAGAAAGACUUCAAUCUAUCUAUUGUCCAAAAUGGGAGUAUUUAUGCUCGCGACGUUGCUUCUCCAAAUUUUCUGCUUUGCUUCGAUAAAUUCAGACGAGAGCCAAAGUACAAGAAAAUCCGUUUUCGAAGAGGUGCAUAACCCAACUCAGAUAACAACAAGCAUGUUUCAUAAGACCUUCCAUCAAUGCAGCAUGGAUUACACAUGCAAUUACAUUGUUAAGGAUGUUAAGAGCCACACUUAUAAUAGAUUUAAAGAUGAGCAAGAGAUCCCGGCUGAAAGAUCAAACUUUGUUAUAUGGUCAAAGAAACAAGCAAGAAGAGUCGUUCCAGGGAAUAUCGCUGAUAAAAAGCCGUCCUCACAUUCAUCAACAUCAACCGUAAAUGGAGUCACAUUAGUUGCCAGCUAUGGAAAUGACGGUGACAGAACUGGAGACUGGCAGCGAUGCAGUAUCACAAAAACUGACAUAUUACCCUGGUGGCAAGUGGACCUGACAAGGCAAGCUGCGGUCGCAAGUAUCCAAAUAAGAAAUGGCGCAACAUGGGGUCAAGAAAAAAUCAAUCCAUUCGAUGUCAGUGUUGGGGAUGAUAGAUCAAGUGGCGGACGAAACAAUGCGCUUUGUGUGAAAGAUGGAAGGUUGGCAAGUGGUGAAUUGAAAAAGUUCGAUUGCCCAAGGCCUUUGCUUGGUCGGUAUGUGACUGUGUUCUUGAACAGGCAAGAAUAUCUUCAAGUUUGUGAGCUUGAAGUUUACGAAUUUCAAACAGAAUGGUUCGUAUAAAGCAUCGUUUAAUGUUUUUCAUGUUCGAUAUUGAUUGUCCUAUAUGUUCUGUAAACAGUCUGUAGCAAUAGCUUAAUAUACCUUGAUUGUAAUGAGAAGGCUAUUCAGCUCAACUUUUACUUUCUCUGGAUGUCGCUGACUUAAUUUCGCUUAUGUAACAUUGGUUGUUGAAUUAUCUCCUAAAGUCCUGCUAACACAGAAGUGAAUCCGAAAGAGCAAAGAGUUUUUCUUGAUAUUGCACGACUUUCUGAAAUGAUUUGUCUGAAACUGCAUAGGAUUUUAUCUAGAUACGCUUAUUUCAUAGAUUGUUGUUGUAGCUGACCCGAAUAAAACCUUAUCUAUUGGGCCAGUUUAAGUACGACCCACUCUUCUUCUAGCUGGAAAGCAUUUGUUGCAUCUGGAUUCAUUAAAUUUGCAACGUGUAAUACCAAACAAAUCCGGUCUCAUGCCUGUAGCCCCAAAGGCCAGUCGGUCUCAUGCCUAGUAGAAAAGGAUAAUCCACUUAAUGAAUGAAUUGGUGUAUAGAACAGGACUAUUCAAUGAAUGAACAUCUCAUUUCUGAUAAACUGAGUAUAUUCCAGUUCAGUCUGCUCAUUUCGUUUCUUAGUAUUUCGAUCUUUCCAAAUCUAUUCACUGUUCUCACAUUCCAUGUUCCUAUGAUGAUUUCUGUUCCUAUGAGGUUAAUACCGCGGUCUGCAGUAGCUAACUUAUCGCCUCCGCCCUGGUGAAAAUCAACGGAAAACUCGAUCGUUUUUAUCCUGGGCCUCGAUCGAUCCAGUAUGGAAUUCUGGUUUGUCUUGUUCAUGAGUGAAUCAGUAGGCAGGUAGUUCAGCGGCGCACAUCUCCUCUCCCAGUAUAGAUGGCUGUUGACUCAUAGAGUUCAUCCGCAGUUUAACACAUCUUUCUUGUUUCGCUUGAAUGGUGUUCACGCACCCUCCUCCCCCAAAAAGGGUUGGGUUGCCAGUUUGGUCGCCGGCAUCUCGAUCAUGUAGACAGGUAAUACUGGAUGGCAUGACCACAAUUAGCAAGUCUUGCGACCUAACCUGACUGACAUAUAUACACUUGUGUAAUUGAUUUUUGUUUAAAAUGAAUCUUUAUAGAUACAUUUUGCAACUUUAAAGAUUUUUAGUUUUUCAGCUUGAUGCAAUAUGAGUACAAAUAUUUGUAUAACUAUAUUAAAAACGAAUUACAUAUAAUACUUUAACGAAAGCAGCUAUGUCGUAUCAUUGUGUUCACUCUAUGUCACGAGGUAGAGAAAAAAGAAAAGAGACGUAGAUUAAAUCUAAACUAGGCUCUAAUCAACACAUAUCCACUAGUAAUAAAAAACCAACAACCACGCUUCAAUGCGCUACUAAGUUUGAACUCAAUAGCGAUGUGUUCUUUAUUGAAUGUCAACACAAUACAUGCAAAUAUUUUUAAGGAAGGUGACAUUAGGCUAGUUUCACCACACUCUACACAUGUUGAAACGGUGUGCAUUUCUGCAAGGCAAGGGUCGUUCGAAAUCAAAAAUUCAAUUAAAUCGUGACCAUCAUGACCUCCUAGCGUGAAAACCAAGAUUCAUUGUCCGUUACCAUUCUAUAAAAAAAACUGUAUAUAGUAAUGUAAAUAAAUACAUACACUUGAUAAUGCACUUUUUUUUC